AUGCCUUCCCCAACGCAAGUCAUGCAUUCGUCUGAAAGCGCAUCGAACUCGCCUCCCGCCUAUUGUCUCGUUUGUUGCGAAGUCGCUGAUGGAUAUCAUUUUGGUGCUCCGGCUUGUCGGUAAGCUUUCUUAAUUUUUGAGUUUCUGAUCAAAACAACCUGGUUUUGGGCCUCAAAGCCUCAGGAAACACUUCAAACACCCACAUUUUGAAAACUGUUUGGAAAUUGAUUCAUAACUUGAGAGCCAAAAGUUUUGGGAUGAAAUUGUCAAUUACAAAGUUGUUGGAAAUGUGAUGCUGAACAACUUUGUAAUUGACUAUUUUAGCCAGAAAUGUUUCAUUCUCGAGAUAUAGGCCUUCAAAGUCGAUACACGUUUUUUUAUUCCAGUGCUUGCGCGGCCUUCUUCCGUCGGACAGUUCAACUCGACAAAAAGCAUGAAUGCCCGAAAAACAACCAAUGUUUCAUACUGUCAAGUAAGUUUGCCCCCUUCUUUGUUUGUCCAUACCACACACACUCACUCACAAACACUACACGACUACCUACUGUCUAUUUACAGAUGUACGCAACAUGUGCCGAGCGUGCCGCUACGAAAAGUGUCUGAAUGUCGGCAUGAAACGAUCCGGUUUGUGUGGUCAACUCUUCGAAAAAAAAGUAUUCGUUUGCUCGUUUCAGCCGUACAGAAAAAACGAGACCAAUUGGGAAAACGUGAACAUUUUCGAAAUCAAUCGGAAAGUUUUUCGAGAGGCGAACCGGUUUUGGACGCGAUGCACGUGGCCUACCAGAAACUAUUGACGGUCAGAAGAGAUGUUCACAAGAGGGCCGAGGUGGGUUCAUUUUCGAGGCGUUUACACGGUCUCCCACGGCGCGAAUAAUUUCAAUGGGGCGCACUUGCAACAGGCGGGCUGUGUCGAUUUACGCGGCGGCCGAUUAAUUAAUUUUCAACGGGAGGCCGCGUUCUUUCCAUGUUUUCUGCACAAUACACCUAUUUUUUUGUACGCCUGGAACCUGGCGUCGAAUAAUUAGAGCACUGGCUACGUUUUGGUAACAGAAAUCUCACAUAUUGUUGAGAAUUAGCCGAGUUAUUUCGAUUUAGAGGUUUUGGCCUGGAUUUUGAUGUUUUUCGAAUAGUUUUCGACUGUUCAUGCCGCGUCCAAUGUCUCGGAAAAACUGUUCAUGCCGCGUCCAAUGUCUCGGAAAAACCGUAAAAACCGCAGAUUUUUCUGUCCAAAGUCGGCCGAAAUUUGCGUGAAAAACGGGGGUGUGCACAGCUCAAUGAGUGUAACCGUACCCCUAAAACUACGGUAUUUUUUUGAAAAUUUGUUAAUUUCUUGAGGUUAUUUGAAAAUAUUCAAAUUUCUUGCGCAAAUUUUCAAAAAAUACCGUAGUUUUAGGGGUACGGUUACACUCAUUGAGCUGUGCGCACCCCCGUUUUUCACGCAAAUUUCGGCCGACUUUGGACAGAAAAACCUGCGGUUUUUACGGUUUUUCCGAGACAUUGGACGCGGCAUCAAGAAAACUAACCGCUGAAACCUGAAUUUUGUGAAGAAAAAUUCAGCGAACAUUUUUAUCGUUCGUUGGGCUCAUGAAACGCAAAAUGAGCUGAAAUAGAAAGGUUUGAAGUUUUGACGAAAUGCGAAAAAGACGCAAAAAACAUGAAAAACUCGAAAUUCUGUAAAGAACGGUUUUCAAUGAGUAAAAUAUUGUUUUCUAGACGUUUUUCAAGUCAAAAAGCAAGAAAUAAAAGUCGUAAACUCGAAUUGAAAUGCAUUUUUAGACCUGCAAAUUUUCAAAAGUUUCAACGACACUCCGCAAUUUACGAGCGCACUGUGUUUAGCAUAAGCGCCCUGGGAGACCGUGCGUUUCAGUGUGACGGCGGGCGCGGAAGAGAAACGCGCACCUCAUCGCGUAAAUCGACAUGGCCGGGGGACUAGUGCGUGUUCCUCUUCCAUCUGUUUUUCGCGCGUAAAUUCUCACGUCGAAAUGGCGCAAAAGUGACCGGAAAGUUGCAGAGCCAACACCCGCGCGCCGUCUGUUUCGGUGAGCUCAAAGAGGUGUACGUGAAGGAGAUGGCGAACGUCUAUCAGUUUCUGUGCGAAGCGUUUCCCGAGUACGCCGAACUGUUUCCCGACACGAAACGAUCGCUGUUCAAGAACUUUUUCCUGCCGUUCACACUCCUCGAAAGCUCGUUCAACGGCCUGACUAUGAGUGAGUUCUUUUUCUACGGAACCUUCUGCCCAACAUGACACUUUUGCAGAAAAAGAUGACGUGAUGGUGAUUCCGUCGGGCGACUACAUCGACUUGGGUCAUCUCGAGUCCUACUUCAACAACAACCAUCAUCAGUUCUCGCAAGAGGAGACGAUUUCCAUGUUCGCGCAGCAGUUCGCCGUCCUCCGCACCUGUAUAACCCAUCCGUUGAGCGCCGAAAACGUGGAUGUCUACGAGUUUCUGGCGCUUUCCGCGUUGAUCCUCUGGGAAUCGGAUCUCGAAUCCGAGUCGGACCGUCAGAAUGCGCAGGAAGAGGCGCUGCAGUUGAGAAGCGCGAUCAUCAGGGAUCUGCUCUACUACUAUCAGUCGAUCAAUGUCUACGAGGAUGUCGCUCUCAGGCUCGGCAAGAUUCUAUCGAUUUUGCCCUCGAUACAGAGAGCCUCUCAUCGCUUCCACGAGUACAUGGAGAUCAAGAACUUGCUCAAUUUAUACGCUUUACCGCAGAAUCUGUACGAUAUGUUCUCACCGGCCUCAUAGGCAUUUUAAACUUGAACAAUUUAUAAACUUUUUCAGAAAAUCCGUUUAUUUGAUAGCAAACUAUUGUCUGUUGCCGCCGCGAGCCUCGAAAUCAGCCCCUUUUUCUUGGCUUGCGUCGAUUUGGGAAAAAAACUGA